AUGUCAAAGGCAACUUUGGCUGUGAUCGCCGCCGCCAGUGCAGCCACCGGCGCCGGAGUGACGGCUCUGCUGUACUCGUCCAAGUCUUCUCCCUCCUCCUCCUCCUCCUCCUCCUCCUCCUCCCAGACGCAGACUUCGAGCCCACAACAACAAGGACCUCCUCCUCCCUCGAUCGCAGGCAACGUCAAGGUGCCCACCGCCAUUCCCACACCUGCACUGGCGACCAAGGCCGUCGCGGUUGACGGGCCCGUCAACCCGGCCGGCAUCCUUCAGUACGGCUUCCCCGGCCCCAUCGCCGAUGAAUUGUCCACACGAGCCCUGCACGGCGGCUACGAUCGUCGCACACGAAACCCGGCUUGGGUGGCCGAACACAUCACGCCCCAGUCCUUGGCCAUGCACAAUGCCGACCGCAAACACAGCACCUUCGCCGAGGAUACCUCCAUCCCGGCCCUCUUCCGCGCCAAACUGGCCGAUUACUUCCGCUCGGGCUACGAUCGCGGUCACCAGGUGCCCGCUGCCGAUGCCAAGUGGUCACAGGGCGCCAUGGACGACACCUUCUACCUGAGCAACAUGUGUCCGCAGGUCGGCGAGGGUUUCAACCGUGACUACUGGGCGCAUUUUGAAGACUUUUGUCGCAAACUGGCCACUCGCUAUCCCUCGGUGCGAGUCGUCACGGGUCCCAUGUAUUUGCCCCAUCGUGACCCGGAUGGCAAAUGGCGCGUCAACUACGAGGUGAUUGGAACACCGCCGAAUGUUGCCGUGCCCACCCACUUUUACAAGGUCAUCUAUGCCGAGGACGGUACCGACUCGCCGACCAGCAAGGUUGCCCUGGGUGCCUUUGUUCUGCCUAAUGCGCGCAUUCCUAAUGAGAAGAGUCUGUCGGACUUUGAGGUGCCCUUGGAGGCAGUGGAGCGUUCAACGGGGUUGGAAUUUGCUGCCAAGUUAGAUCCGAGCCGCCGCCGUCGAUUGUGCCAGGAGAUCAAGUGCGAUAUUGUCGUGCGCGAGUUCAACAAUGCCCGCAAGCGCAACUAG